AUGAAGAACGUCUUGAUGCUGCUGACGGCUCUCCUGGUCCCCGUGCACCUGGCCACGGCCUGGAGCAGCAAGUAUGCGGUGGAUUGUCCUGAACUCUGUGACAGUAACGCGUGUAAGAACAGCCUGCGCUGCAAGCGGACAGUGCUCGACGACUGUGGCUGCUGCCGCGUGUGCGCUGCAGGGCGGGGCGAAACCUGCUACCGCACAGUCUCCGGCAUGGACGGCGUCAAGUGUGGCCCCGGGCUCAGGUGUCAGUUUUACAGUGAGGAGGAUGAUUUUGGUGACGAGUUUGGUAUCUGCAAAGAUUGUCCCUAUGGCACCUUCGGGAUGGAAUGUAAAGAGACCUGCAAAUGCCAGUCAGGUAUAUGCGACAGAGCAACCGGCAAAUGCCUCAAGUUUCGCUUCUUCCAGUAUUCAUUUGGCAGAUCUUCCAGCAGGAGAUUUGUUUCUCACACAGACCAUGAUGUGGCGUCUGGUGAUGGAAAUGCCGUGAGGGAAGAAAUUUCCCGGCCUCCUGUAAUGAAAUGGUUAAACCCACGCUGA